AUGACAUCAAGUUCACAUGGCGGCAGCGGCGGCGGCAUCGCUGCACGACUAAAAAACGCCGCUUCCACCUUUUGCUCCAACUCUCAGCCUUUAAUCGCUGACAUCGCAGUUCAAUUGGAGAAAGACAAGCACUCUGACAAGGUGAAGGAGCUUGAAGAUGCGGUUAUUGAGUUAGUAGGACUAUCCGAACUCGGUGUGCAAUUUUCUUCGCGGUUCAAGUUUUUGCCAAUAGAUACCAGCCUGGAGAAGAGGUUCGGAAGCUAA